CGGAUGACUCUUCUUUAAUCAUUUUCGUUUAUACGCUGGGUUUCGAUCUUCGUCUCCUUCCCUUCUCCCGCUCGCUCUACCUGCAUCUCCUUUCCUGUUUGGAUUUUUUCGGUUGAUCGACGAAUCCUGAUCGCUCUCCCCUCCAUUGUUUCGUCUUCUCUCGGCGCAGCCAUCGAUCGACGAUGGCGCUGUCAAUGGCCGAUCUCCCCUCCGUCUUCUCCCUCCUCUCCAAUGCACUCAGCGCCGACCCCAACGUCCGUAAGCCCGCCGAGGCUACCCUCUCCGAGUUCGAAAGCCGCCCCGGUUUCUGCUCCUCUCUCUUGGAGAUUAUCACAUCGGAAACCGUUGUUGCUCACACUGAAGUUCGCCUUCUGGCGACUGUAUAUUUCAAGAACAGCGUCAAUCGUUACUGGAGGCACCGACGUGAUUCUUAUGGUAUCAGCAACGAGGAGAAGGCUUACUUGCGGAAAAAGCUUCUUACAGACUUGAGGGAAACAAAUUACCAGAUUGCACUUCAAAGAGCUGUCCUUAUAUCAAAAAUUGCUCGGAUUGAUUAUCCAAAAGAAUGGCCAGAACUCUUUUCUACUUUGGCACAACAUUUUCAGUCUGCAGAUGUGCUUAUAUCCCAUAGGGUUUAUAUGGUUUUGUUUUGUGCACUGAAAGAGUUAUCAACUAAGCGGCUCAGUGUUGAUCAACGGAGUUUUUCCGAGAUAUGCUCCCACUUUUUGGAAUAUAGCUGGGGUCUUUGGCAGAGGGAUUUCCAAACCAUAUUUCAUAGGCUUUCUUCUCUUCCUCAAUCUUCAUUUGUUGCAGCGGCAGUUGAGGGCCAAGAUGAUCUUCAGUUAAUUUGUGAAAGAUGGUUGCUGUGUUUAAAGAUAAUUCGUCAAAUGAUCCUUUUUGGAUUCCCAAGUGAUGCUAAAUCUAUUCAGGUUGUUCCACCAGUCAAGGAAAUCUGUCCUGCUGUCUUGAAGGCCAUUCAAUCUUUUCUCCCAUACUAUUCAUCAUUUCAGGAAGGAAAUCAUGAACACUUGCAGUUCAUUAAGACAUCCUGCUAUAAAAUGAUGAAGGUUUUAGUCUUGAUUCAGAAUACUCAUCCUUAUUCAUUUAGUGAGGAGCAAGUUCUAUCACCCAUACUGGAGUUCUGCUUGAACAAAAUUAUAAAUCCUGAACCAGUCCUUCUUGCUUCGGAGCAUUUUUUGAUUCAAUGCAUGGUUAUGGUUAUGUCUGUUGUGGACUGUAUACAUUAUAAACCAAUUAUCACCGGAUCUGUCAUCAAUGGGAGCGUGGCUUCUGUGGAGGAGAGAAAGAAAAAUCUUGCUAAAGUUGUGGAUGUUAUUCUUAAGUCAGUUUUAACUGGCGACCGUAUAGUAUUCUUGUGCAACAUCUUGGUACGAAGGUAUUUCCUUCUGUCAGCAAAUGACCUAGAAGAGUGGAAUCGUGAUCCAGAAGUCUUUCAUCAUGAACAGGAUUUGAUGCAGACAACUGACAAACUUAGGCCAUGUGCUGAGGCUCUGUUCAUCACUUUCUUUGAAAACCAUGCUGAUGUCUUGGGCCCUUUUGUGGUCUCCAUUCUUCAUGAAGCUAUGUCUGGCUGCUCAUCAACGGAGUCUGAAAUAUCACCUGCAUUGCUGCUUAAAGAAGCUGCAUAUGGUUCUGCUGGAUACACAUACUAUGAGCUGUCAAAAUACCUUAACUUCAAGGCUUGGUAUGAAGGGGCUUUGGCUCUUGAACUUUCAAAUAACCAUCCUAAUCAGCGUAUUAUACAUAGAAAGGUUGCAUGGAUUUUGGGGAAAUGGGUUUCAGAGAUCAAAGAUGGCUUAAGGAAACCGGUGUCAUAUGCAUUGAUGAACUUGCUUCAGGGUGGAGAUUUGGCUGUUAAACUUGCAGCUGUUCGGGCUUUGUAUUGCCUUAUUGAGGAUGACAACUUUUACGAGUUAGAUCCAUCCGACUGUUUCCCAAUAUGUUGGAAGCUGUGUUUCAAGUUAUUUGAAGACGUUCAAAUAUUUGAAUCAAAGGUUGCAGUUUUAAACUUAAUAUCAUUGAUCAUUGAACGGCUUGGUGAUCGAGUAAUUCCAUUUGCAAAUGAGUUGGCUAUCUUUUUUCAGAAGUUAUGGGAUGAAUCAGCUGGUGAGAGUCUACUACAGGUUCAGCUAUUGGUUGCUCUGAAGAAUCUUAUGAUUGCACUUGGCUCCCGCUCACCUAUGUGUUACAGCGUUGUGCUUCCCAUUCUAAGAUUUGGAAUUGAUAUAGCAAAUCCAGAUGAACUCUCCUUUCUGGAAGACAGUGUGCUGCUAUGGGAAGCCACAUUGACUCAAGCACCCUCAAUGGUACCUCAGCUUCUUGAUCUCUUUCCUUAUCUUGUGGCAAUCAUGGAAAGGAGCUAUGAUCACCUACAAGUUGCUAUGAAUAUCACUGAAUGCUACCUUGUCUUGGGUGGAUUGGAGUUUCUGAAUGUUCAUGCCGAGAACUUGGCUAAGCUUUUACAUGGUACUGUCAACAAUGUCAAUGACAAGGGAAUGCCACCUGUACUACAAACCAUUGAAACCCUUAUCAAGUGUUUUCCCAAGGAUGCACCUCCUUUGAUCAACAGCGUUCUUCAGAAUUUAAUGUUAAUGUGCUUGAGUGGAGCUGAUGAUUCCAAUCCUUCUAAGGCGGCAGUAAAGGCAUCUGCAGGCUCCAUCCUUGCAAGGAUAAUGGUUGUGAACACCAACUAUCUUGUACACUUGGUGUCAGAACCAUCUUUCUCUACAGUACUUCAACAAGUUGGGGUUUCCUUGGAUCAGAAUAUACUCCUUUCCUUGGUUGAUGUAUGGCUCGAAAAGGUUGAUAACAUUCCAUUCAUCCAAAGGAAGACUUGUGCCUUAGCUCUGGCAGUUUCUUUGAACUUUAGAGAAUCCCAGAUUCUUGAGAAGCUUGAACAAAUAGUCAGUGUGUGUACCAGUGUAAUUGUGGAUGAUGAUGAAGCCAAGGAUGAAUCCAGUUUUGCUGAAGCCGAUUCUAUUGGGGCCCAGAAUGACCUUGAUUCAUUUGGUACCAGAUCAACCAUAGAGAUGAGGAAGAGACAGAUAAAAGAGUCUGAUCCAAUAAAGCAGUUAGCGUUGGAGAACAUACUAAAAGAGAAUCUUCAUGCAUGUGCUGCCAUUCAUGGUGAAUCAAACUUUAAUUCAGCCAUGGGCAGGAUACAUCCAUCAGUCUUAUCUCAGUUGCAGCAGGCACUGAAGAUGGCUUGAAAUCUGUAAUUUAUGUGAAAUUAAUUUUUGAUACUAGUGAAUCUGAUGUAGCUGUUGGUUCUAUCAUCCAACCUGCCUAGUUACAAGUGAAUGAGUUCGCUGUUUGCACUGAUUUUCAUCCUUGUACACUGGGGGAUGUAGAAGGCACGUCAAGCUAGAUGUUCGAGCUUGUUGGUCCAGUGGUAUAAGUUUGUUAUCCAGGUUCGCCUAUGCUUCUGUUCAAAUUCCAAGUUGGAGCAGGAAAAGUGGCUGAAAUUUCCUUCUUGAGUUUCCUGCCAAGGCAAUUUUAGGUGGCAUUAAGGUUUUCUUUUUCCGAUUUAUUUCUUGUGAAUAUGUCUGGUCCUGUGUUUGCUUGGAGGGGUUAGUUGAUGUUUGUGACAGUCCAGGUGGAUUUCAUGAUUUGGCUUGUAAUGGCUGUUGUAUAUACCCCCCUGCCUUAUGAGUGUCUCAAUCUCUUCCAGCAAGUUUUUGCAUCACCCUCCACCAAUUUUUGUGGAUGUAGAUUAUUUUUGGGCAAAAGAAGCUUCAUAGCUGGUUUCCUAUACA